AUGCGGCGUGCUGUGCUGCAACGUAGCGGGUUUCGAAUCCCGACUGGUGACGAGCUUGACGCCCAUAUUCUUAUUAAUCGUUUUCGCAAGAGAAAUGCUGGUAGCAAUAACAGCAGCGGUGGUAAUAGACGUUGGCUGCCACACGCCAUCACUGCAACUCGUAUGCAAGGCUGGGUUGGUGUGGGCGCUAUUCUGCUUGGCGCAGCUGUUUUUCUCGGCCCGUGGCUUCUUGAUGAGUACCGUGAGAUGCUUGGAUAUAAAUUUGUGCCACUACCACCUUCUGCCAUGCCGCAUAUGUCGACAUCAUGGUGGGAGAACGAGUGGCUAAAGGGCAAUCCGCUCUGGCGGGCGGGUGAGUCAACGGAAGGUUUUUAUCGGGGUCCAUUUGACUUUGUGCGUUCUGUAACGGGUAGAGACAUGUACGAUGCUAACGCAUUUAAGCAACAUGGAGAAAAGAAAGGAAUAAAAGAAAUAUUUACAACAAAGAAAGAGCAUCCGCGUGCAUUUGUGCCACUUUGUGGUGACUCGCCGAUUGUCCGAGAACUCGCCGUACGCGGGUUCGAGGUGGAUGCCGUGGAUGCAUCUGAGACGGCUAUGCGUGCAUGUGUAGCUCGCACUGAACGUGCACUUGACGACGAUGAGUUUAAGCGUAUUCAUCUCCAUUGGCGUGAUAUCUUCGCACCGGAGUUGUGGCAGGGACCAUUGCGCGGGGUGAAGUUUGAUCUCAUUUACGAGCGACAGGGAAUGACAUCGCUGAACCGCGAUCAGCGCGAGGAUUACGCCUAUUUACUGCGACAGGCACUCGCUGAUGAUGGUGUGAUGUAUGUUGAGGGUAUUUUCCGAACUGGCCGAGUGCGUGGAAACACUAUGCGUGGGCCGCCGUAUGCACUUUCAAGGCGUGAAUUGCAACGACUAUUCCCCGAACGUGAUGGAUACAUUGUGCGCUGUGAAGAGACAAACGAUGCUAUGGCAAUGUUGAGCCGUGAAAACCGCAUCCUGCAGCGUGUGCCUAGGGAGUUGUACGUCACACCGUUCCACUGCGCGGUGUUCCGCGAGGGGAGUGUUAACGCGGCACGGUUGACGGCGUCACUGAACGACACUCCACAGCAAAAAGUCACGCAAGUAGAUGAAUGA